CACCUUCUGCAGCUCGGUUCAAUCGAUAUAAUAAACCUAAAUUACAGGCGGUGUGUAGCGUCGGUCUCGUAAUUUCUCACUAAUCGAAUUGUUGUUAUUCACGACGGUCCAGAGGUCCUCAGAAACACUUGCUCGAUGAUUCUUCCCCUCAUCAGGGGGCGAAACGGAUAUGGAUGGACGCUAUUUGUUGUUUGCGCGAGAAUAACCGAACUGGGAGGGACCCAAGGCUGUUCUACAAAUAGAUACGAGGGCAUAGCCGAGCGAAAGGAGUGAAUUAUGCAUGUGUCACGGGGGGUCUUCGACGUCGAGUCCGCCGUGAGGAAGCUGUCUUCUCGUUUUCGUCGACAUCCUGCGCAAGUUUCACGGCUAGAAUGGCCGGUAAUUUCGGCUGUUCGUUCUUUGUUCUACUUCAUUCGAUUUAUCGGACACGCGCCGCUGGAGAUUCGUGACGACCGUUUUGAACCCUGGAGUUACGGGGUUUUCUACUCCAUACUCUGUUGUACCCUUCACACCUACUUUUUCUACAUCGUUCUCCGCAAAUUCACGGUCAUCGAAAGAAACACACCGAUUCUCGACGUCACCGAAACUGCAAAGGUGAUCUCCAACUACUCAGUCUUGAUGCUGAACAUCCUGGGAUCCCUUUGGACGCGAAAGCAGCUCGUCGAGGUGACGAACAUCAUGAAGCAGUUCGAUACAAGGAUGCGUUAUCUCGGUUAUCCGCUAGAGGAAAGAUACGUGAAAGUUUGGGUCUUCUUUACGUUCGUUUUCAGUUUCAUCGCUUGGGCCGUUAUCGUCGAGACGGGCAUCGUCGCCUUCCGGGAAACUUUCAUUGAAAACAUGAUCUACAUCCUGGGCUACGUGACGAACUCGUUCAGCACAAUAAAGUUCUCAGGCAUUGUGCUUCUGCUCGGACAACGCUUUCGACAUCUGAACGAAGUCGCUCAACGUAGCAAGGACUCGUCAAUGCCCGUGCAAAAGUACCCCGCGGUAGAUUUCAGAGUGAUACAUCAGCUGCACAACAGCUUAAUGAACGCGAGCGAGAGUCUGAGCUCUCAGUACUCUUGGCCCCUUUUGGCAUGGCUGAUAAGUCUCUGCGGCCACAGCGUGGCCAAUUUGUACUUUUUGAUUGACUGGUUGGUAUCGACGACAGAGUCUGUGAACACGCGGUGGUCACUCGUCGCCUGCAUCGCUUGGUGGGUCGUCGUUUUUGGAUCUCAACUUCUGCUUCUUCACAUCGCCUGUCACUAUACUUCCAGCGAGGCAAACAACAUAGGCUCGAUCCUCUUCGACUGGAAGUCUUUCGCAGUCAGUCGCAGCUACAGAAUCGAGUCUUCUCUGCAUCUCAUCAAUCGUAGGUUGAACUUUUCUGCGGCUGGCUGCUUCCACGUAAACUUGCCUCUCCUGCGUUCGAUCACCGCCCUCCUCACGACGUAUCUCGUACUCUUGUUGCAAUUUCAGGCCUAAACAUGCCGCCUUUUCUCACUUCAAAUAAAACUUCGGAGUGGCAAUCAUCGUUCAUUCGUGUAACACACUCACUCUCUUCGAACGAAUGCUGUACGAUUGCCAGAAAAUCCGACGAUUAGGAGGGCGAGAAAGUAAAAAUAGCUCUUGGCCUCUUUCUGGCUCUUCCCCGGCAAUCGAAAGCUCGUUUUUGCAGACGACGAUGUGUUUUCAGUGGGGAUUAACGACCGAAAGACGAUUACGAUGGGGGUCUAAAAACCCGAAGAGUCUGGCGAAGGAGUGUGAAAUAAAGAUGGUUAUCCCCGUUUUUUGAUCGGGUUGCUAGUCUCGUUUGCACAUCGGUAGAACACCAUCGGCCCAACCUUAGAAUUCCCAUUUCUUCCCGUUAUCCCAAAGCAUAUGUGAACGUGAGUAAACCUGCGAUCAAUGAAUAAUGCGAAUGAGAUCCAAAAUUAUUCGAUUCGCGAAAAUAUGUUUCUGGGCUUUACCUUGUGAAAGCUUUGACUCGUCAAAGACAAUGGCUGAAAAAAGUAAAUGAACUGGAGAAGUUGAAAAAGGAAUGAUUGUGAUGAAAUUCAGGUUUGUACCAACCGUGGUCGCCAAA